CGAGGUCAGGAAGGGAGGGGCGCUGGUGGUGGGAGUCGCCCGUCCGCUCGUUCUUUCCCGGAGAGACUCGUCAGCGCAGCACCUUCUGAGCCUCUGAAGAACCAGUAUUUACAAGAGACCGGAGUGCAAUUGGGCAUCUGGAGAUGUCUGGCUCGUACGAUGAUGCUGUUGGACUAGAGGUUUCUAGUGAUAGCUUCUGGGAGGUGGGAAACUAUAAGCGGACAGUGAAACGCAUUGAUGAUGGUCACAGACUUUGCGGUGAUCUUAUGAACUGCAUUCACGAGCGUGCAAGGAUAGAGAAGGGCUAUGCUCAGCAAUUAACAGAAUGGGCAAAAAGGUGGAAACAACUUGUAGAAAAAGGGCCACAGUAUGGGACUGUUGAAAAGUCUUGGCAUGCAUUAAUGUCUGAAGCAGAAAAAGUGAGUGAACUACAUCUAGAAGUAAAAGCUUCUCUAAUGAAUGAGGAUUUUGAAAAGAUAAAGAACUGGCAGAAGGAUUCCUUUCAUAAGCAAAUGAUAGGUGGAUUUAAGGAAACCAAAGAAGCCGAAGAUGGAUUUAGGAAAGCUCAGAAACCGUGGGCCAAAAAGCUAAAAGAGGUGGAAGCUUCUAAGAAAGCGUAUCAUGUAGCCUGCAAAGAGGAAAAACUUGCUGUAUCCAGAGAGGCUAAUAGCAAAGCUGACCCAGCUCUGAAUCCAGAACAACUAAAGAAACUGCAGGACAAAGUGGAUAAAAGUAAACAGGAUGUUCUUAAGACAAAGGAUAAGUAUGAAAAAUCUCUUAAAGACCUGGAUGGUACUACACCUCAAUAUAUGGAAAAUAUGGAGCAAGUUUUCGAACAGUGUCAGCAGUUUGAGGAAAAACGUCUCCGUUUCUUCCGAGAAGUAUUGUUGGAAGUUCAGAAACAUCUUGACUUGUCUACUGUUACAAGCUAUAAAAAUAUUUAUCGUGAAUUGGAGCAGAACAUUAAAGCAGCAGAUGCUAUUGAAGAUCUAAGGUGGUUCAGAGCUAAUCAUGGUCCAGGCAUGUCGAUGAACUGGCCCCAGUUUGAGGACUGGUCAGCUGAUCUGAAUCGCACUCUCAGUAGAAGAGAGAAGAAAAAGGCUGCAGAUGGAGUGACACUGACUGGUAUUAACCAGACAGGAGAGCAAGUUUCACAGCAUAAUAAAAAUAGCAGCAGCCUUAGUGUCCCGAGUAACACAGUGCAGUCAGUACAGUCAAGUUACAAUCCCUUUGAAGAUGAAGAGGAUACUGGAAGUACUGUCAGUGAAAAGGAGGACAAUAAAAUCAAAAAUGUUAGCAGCUAUGAGAAAAACCAGAGUUAUGGCACAGAGUGGUCUGACGAAGAAACCAGCAAUCCAUUUUCAUCCAAUGAUGCCCAGGGAGAAACUAAUCCAUUUGAUGAAGAUGUCUCCCCUACAAUGGAGGUGAGAGUACGAGCAUUGUAUGACUACGAAGGCCAAGAGCAUGAUGAACUCAGCUUUAAGACUGGGGAAGAGCUAACUAAAAUUGAAGAUGAAGAUGAACAAGGAUGGUGCAAAGGUCGUCUAGACAACGGACAAGUUGGCCUCUAUCCAGCAAACUAUGUAGAAUCAAUCCAGUGACAAAUAAUUCUAAAAGUGCUGUAGUAACUGUCAGCGGGUAUGAUGCUUAUGGCUCACAGAGAGGGGAACUGAAAUGUGUAUAUAUUUAUUUUAAUGCAAUUGAAUGAUGGAUUAAUAUCUUGUCCCCUGGGAAAUCAUCUAACUAUUCAAACUGGACCUGGGAAAAGGUAGGCAGCCAACACACAGGUCAGAACAACUGGGAUAGAGUUGAAAAAGUAGUACAGCAAGAAAAUGAUAUUUUUAGUACGUAUUGACAAUUUACUGUUUUAUCAUGACUUUUUGUAUAUUAUUUCAGAAUUUGCUAAAUUAAUGCCUCAUUCCCAGUAUUUUGGGUGGUGGCUUAUGUUGACUCUUGUUUAGUCAGUUAUUUUAAGUGACCUUCAGUAAUUUACAACUUGAUUUUUUUUAAAAAAACUGCAAUUUUGUAUAUGUUCUUAGCAAUAUUUGAAAUAUGCAUUUUUUAUUUAAAGACUAUCUGGUCUGCUGUUUUUUCAUGUCUGGUUCAUCAACUACUACUACUUAAAUUAUGAUAUAUAUAUAUAUAUAUAUAUAUAUAUAUAUAUAUAUUCCCAAGUCCACAUUGUACUGUCAAUUUUUUCAUGCUUUCAGCAUGGCGUAAUGGUAUAAUAUGCCAUAUUAUGUCUGUUACAGAAGAUUGUAGCAGAACUGUCUGCAAAUAUUAAAGUUUGGGUUUCUCUUGCGAAUGCGGUUGAU